AUGGCUUUAGAGGAUACAGCGGUCGGGAUGCCAACUCUCGAUGUUUUAGAGAAGGGACCUCCUGUCCGCAUCGUUCUACAUAUUCAGCCCGAUCUUCAAAGAAACUCUGAGAUCAACCUCCGGACAAAGCGCCUCAAAAUCGUGGACUCGUUCUUUGAAUGGACGAAACCACACGCGCUGAAUCGCGAAUACACAUAUGUCCAUUUCUCGACUGAACAUGAGCUGCAAAGCUGGAUUCUCAUUGACGCAUGUACUGGCGCGAUUCCGGAAGGAUCAGUCCCCGAUAGUAUUCCUAUUUUGCUUUACAUUGUCUCCAAAGAAAAGGAUGGGCUUGUCUUCAAGAAGGCGAGAUCUUCGCCUUUCAUCCUUGAGUAUAUUCGCUCAAAUACUGACAAAGUUCCUUGGAAAGCGGAAAAGUUUCUUGAGCUGCCAAUAGAUCGCUCUGCAGUUAAAGAAAGCAAUCCCAACGCUGCAAGCCAAGUCCCACGAUGGAAGAAUCACCAAACGUGGAGCUCAGCUUCACACAUUUUCGAAUCGGGAAUCGAAGCUAAGUUACGCCAAAACAUAUCGUGCACGGAUCCAGAGGAGAUAGCGAUUCAACCCGACCCCACAACACCUCUGAGCAGCCCUGUCAGCCACAUAUCACUUUUGAAUAUCCCUAUUCGCUCUCAGGACCGCCCGAUUCGUGUUCUGUUACAGAUCUCGAAUGAUGACCCUCUCGGGGAUCUCCGAGAGCAAUGCACGGUCGCCUCGAGGGCCUUCUUGAAAUGCAUGAUGGGGGAUGAGUAUCAAAAGACAAAGACAACUUAUCUCAUCCGUGCGAUGAAUCUCUUUGUGAAGAGUGCAAUGGAGACCUGGAUUUUAGCGGACUACUGGGUUGGACUGUCGAAAGGGACUGGAAAGCCCCCACUGUUGACAAUGACCUAUCGAGGGGAAGUGUUGGAUGGGCGCAUGUGA